AUGGAAAGCGAUUUUGUGUUAGAAUAUUUCACAGAAUCGACGAAUAUAAAGUUCCUUUAUGACCCUAAGUCAUACUAUAAUCAACUCUGUACUAUGAUUAAAAAUGCAAAAGAGAAGGUUGUGAUAUCCUGCCUUUACAUAGGAACCUUACCAUUGGAGCAAGAUUUUGUAAAUAAUAUAGUUUACGCAAAAAAAAAUAACCCAGAUUUAAUAGUAGAGUUAUUGUUGGAUAAAAAUAGAUCUCUAAGAAGAGAAAAUACAGGAAAUUGUAUAUUAGAUUUAAUAAAACCACUGCUUAUGUUAAAAAAUGUAAAAGUAGGAUUGUAUCACUCACCGCUGUGUGACGCAUUGUUGAAUAGAGUGCUGAGGCCACCGUUGUCGGAGGUGUUAGGAACACUGCACAUGAAGAUAUACGUGGCGGACAGCGUGACAGUAAUCAGCGGAGCAAACUGCUCAACACCGUAUUUCACAACGAGAAUGGACAGGUACAUGGUGGUGGACGACCUGUUGUUCUCAAACGUGAUGCACACAGUAGUCUCGACGUUGGCGACGAUGGCAUUUAGAGCGACGCCGUCAAUGGGAUUCGAGUGGGUGUCGGACCUGGCGAACCCGUUGGACGACUACCUGCUCUUCAAGAAGCAAAUAUACAUACGCCUGCUGACAAUGAUAAAGAUGUGCAACGAAGCGCUGGAGCCACUGCUGAUGGAAAAACUGGAGCACAACAUGGAGCUGGAGUCAAAGAGGUCGAGAGGAUUUAGAUUCCUGAAUAAGCUGACGAGAAGAAAGUCGACAGGUAGUAAGUCGUCUUCAACCUACGGGUUGAACUUCUCAGCACAAAAUUCAGAAAGGAACGCGGAAACCGCAAGGUCGAUAAACAGCGUGUCACAAGAAAGCGCAAGGAGCGUGUUCACAGGGGGGAAGAAGGAAAAUGAUCGGCGAAACAGCAUAGGGAUCGCCUCAGUAAACGAAGAGCCUAAUAGCGUGAGGUCAGUGAACACGGGGACGAGCAUAGUGCUGAGAAGCGUAGCAGGAACAAACGCAAGUCUGAGUAAGCAGAACAGCAUGGAAAGAACAGCGACCCUGGACUCGACGAAAGAACAGGAAGAGGCCUCGGAGGCGCUGGUGAGACACACGCUGAGCGGAGACUACCUGCUGAUGCCACACGUGUACUCAGAAAGAUACAACAGCAUGAAGGGAAGCUACAGCAGCAGACUAGGAGCAACCAAGUACUCAGUGCUGAGCAGCAGCAGAAACACAGUGUCAAGCGAGUACUGCGAAGCGUGCGAAAACUACAACCAGGCGUCGCCGAACAGAGUGUACAGCAUAAAGAUGAGCUCAGACUCGGGAAACGCGACCGUGGGCGAAGGAGAAAGCGAUACGGUAUGCGAAGAGCUGGGAUGCCCCCUGUACAAGCUUAACAGAAAGUACCCGCCGAUGGAAGGAUUCACGAGGUUCAUGAUCUUCUUCCAGCUGGGAUUCUCAGAGCCGCCCUUUAGACAGGACGAGAUGCUGUGCAAGGACCUGAUGAUCAAGUACAGAAAGUCGGGACACUCAAUAGUGCUGGCGACAUCAUACCUUAACUUCACGGACGACUACUCAGACCUGUGCUCGUACCUGCUGAGGUGCAACAGCACGGAAAAAGGCUCGUUCUACGUGGUGACGUCCUCGCCGUCGUCAAACGACUUCAACAACUGCACGGAUUCGAAGAGACUGAUACCGAGACUGUACUGCAUAUACCAGAGCAGAAUGAUGAACCACGUGAUGGAAAAGUUGCAAAAAAUGAACGAAAACGAUGAGAAGCCUGAGGAUAACUUCGAGAACAAGUUCUACUACGAGUACCAGAACCCAGGCUACACGUUCCACCACAAGGGGAUCUGGAUGUUCCAAGGAGACAUCCCGGAAAACCCGAAGGAGCUGACCUUCGGAGACUUCAAGAAGAGAAUCAACGGGCCGUGCACAAUGCUGAUAGGAAGCUCGAACAUCUCGAGAAGGUCGCAGAACAAGGACCUGGAAAUGACAGUUAUCGUGGAGACGACGUCGGUGAACGUGCUGGACCAAAUCAAGUUUGAGGUGUACGACCUCUUCAAAAACUCGACCUGCGUGCCGAAGUCGACAAUGUCGGAGAGGUCGAGCCUGUUCCAUCGCAUCCUGGCGUUCCUGCUACGCCAAUACUUCUAG